AUGUCUUCCAACGAUAGUCCAGAUACCCCCGAUACUCAGGCAAACGAAAAUGAUUUCCAAGAAGCUCCGCCUUAUUGGAAUCUCGAUGAUCCACUGAAGCAUGCUCCUCCAAGGCCAGAAGGCGACCCAUGGGAGACCCUUUUGAAGCCAUUGUUGAAGAACGAUAAAAUGCGCUGCGAUUCAUGGAAAGACGAGGUACAAAACCUUCUUAUUUUCGCUGGACUGUUCUCUGCUGUAGUCACGGCUUUCAUUGUAGAAUCAUACAAAUCUUUGCAGCCGGAUCCGAACGAUACAAUCUUGAUUCUUCUGUCGAACAUUGCAAUACAUAUCGACGGCGCUUCCCGCUCUAAUUCUACAGCACUUCCCCUCGUGCCGCUUCCGUUCUCUCCAACGCCUUCAGCUGUCAGAGUCAACACCUUCUGGUUCAUCAGUCUUGUUCUCAGUCUGACCACGGUCCUCGUGGGUAUCAUCGCUCUCCAAUGGCUGCGAGAGCACCAGUCCUACUCGACGAACCUCACGUCUCGCCAAAAGUAUGCCUUGUUCAUGAUGAGAGCCGAUGGAUUAAAGACGUGGCACGUUCCCAAGAUUUUCACGAGCUUGCCAUUGCUCCUCCAGUCGGCCUUGAUUCUUUUUUUCGGGGGAACCAUCGACUUUUUGCAUGCGAUUGGGCACCUAGAUGUCACCAUCCCAGUUACUGUUAUUAUUGGCGUUGUCCUGAUCUUUCUUGUUGCGACAACCAUACUUCCAUGGCUUCAGAUGUUUGUGCUCUCCCUCAGACUCGCAACACACAAGGAUCAUUACCCUUCUGGUUCUGGGGAUGAACGAGCAUUGUAUCCAGAAGAGAUAUACAACAGGCCACCCAGCCAGUGUCCUUAUAAAUCUCCUCAGGCACGCGCGGUCAGAAACCUUGGGAUCACUCUGCAUCAACUGCGGCAUAGGAUAGGCCGAUACUUGCGCCGUUUGCACUACCGAUAUGCUCCUGGAGUGUUUUUGCCUCGCUUUCGGAAGACAACCCCCAAACCAGAAGAUUUUAAACCAAUAAACAACCUUGUUCAAUACCCUAUUAUGCGUUCGUUCUUGUAUCCAAAAUGGACCGACUUUGAUUUGGAAUGGGUUGCCCUGCGUGAUUAUUACAUGCGGGACGUUUUUAAGCAUUCGAUAAGCCAGCGUGGCCAUGAUGAACUAGAGACUGUGCCAAUCCAUGAUAUCAUACACGGUCUACGCGAGCAAAGUCAACAAGAUGAUUUGUUUUCUGCGGCGUAUUACUCUUUCACCGAGAUCUCUCAGAAAAUGUUGAAACCUUCCAUCACACGCGGGAUGUUCCAGAGCAUCGACGAUUUCUGUCUACAAAGCUCACACCUUCAUGAUCUUUUAGGAUCCCGCUACGGUGUGUUGCUGCCCAAGUGGGUGGUUGCUGACCAGGCACCCUUGAAUCUGCAUGCCCUUGUAAAAAGACUAUCGAUUCCUUUGCACCAACAAAAUGUGGAGGCAUUCCUAUUCUAUCGUCAACAUGGUAUUGCCACCAGCAUGAAGACCGAGCUUAGGAUCCGCCUCUUAACCUAUUUAUUCCAUAACAAGGAUGUGAUUGUCCCAAAGGAUUUAAACCGCAUUCCGAGAUGCCUUAGAUUCAGGCUAAUAGUUGAUGUAUGGACUGGUCAAUUGCCGUACAACUUGGACGAAUUUUCAGCUUAUGCUACACCGAUUGCCGAUUUCACUCGAAUCCUGUUACAGAAGAUCCAAGAAAACUCUGAUCCAACGUCGAUUGUCAAUAAUGCAUUGGUACGGCGCGAGAUCAUUCAACCGUUUUUAACGACCUCCGCCCAUUGCGCUCUAGACGCCUUUGAAUGCGGGGAUGCUUUGAAAAGCUUGAGCGACACCUACCAGUCUAUAUUCGUCUAUAUAGAAGAAGCUCUGAGAACAGAAAUGGUCCUGUGGACCCCAGAACAUUGUCGCCCGAGCCUGUUCUUCUACACUUCGUCUGUCUUUGCGUACGCUGCUACCAAGCCUGACGGCUUCCGCUUCAGCCAAUGGGCCUCCCCAAAAAAUCACUUUCGCUCCAUGUGCGACACCAUAUGUGAAUACCGCCGACGUACCAUCGAUCACAGAAUAUCUGACCGUACCAUCGAAGAACAGCUCGGUUACGAAUAUAGAAACCCUAAAAGAUUUUCAAAGGCGUGGUGGGACCUGUUGGAUUCUCGCAAAUGGCCAAAUGAUGCUUUGGAAUCUUCUUCGCGUGUUUCUAUGGAACAACUGACACCUCUUCCAGACACGCCUGCACCCUCCCUCGUAUCCUCACAAGGGUCAAAACUCGAUUCUUUGCAGUGA